AUGAGACUUUUCUCUUCGUUACUCGCGUGCUGCGUCACGCUUUCUUCGCUUUCAUCUGCGAUCUCCAUCACUUCGACCAAGAACUGGAACAUCACGAAUGAUGUGGAGGGUUCAGUCCGUCUCAAUGGCCUUGCUUUCCAACAACACGCCUUGACCACAUUUGGCGACUACCAAUACGUCGCAUUCUACAAGACAGCUUCGGGAUACGGCAAACAUCAUGUCAACCUCGGUCGGCGCAAGAUCAACCCUUCUUUGGGUGAUUGGCAGUACUUUGCAUUCACAGACUAUGUGCAAACGACUCUCGAUGAACACAACACUAUCAGCAUGGGCAUUAGCGGCGACGGCAAGAUUCAUCUGAGCUUCGAUCAUCACGAUGUACCACUCAACUAUCGUGCGAGCAACACAGGCAUCGCUAAAACGAUCCCCGAACAGUGGACAGCCAGCGCCUUUGGAGCGGUCCAACACAGUCUGCCUGGCUCAACCGGACCAUGGACGCCGCUCACAUACCCUCGGUUUGAACGCCUCGACAACGGCGAUCUUCUGAUGGAAUUCCGUAUUGGUCAGUCUGGCGCCGGUGACUCGUACAUACAUCGAUACUCUGCAACAUCUGGGCAGUGGAGCGCGGUCGGCAAAUACCUCCAAGGUCAAGACAACAAUGCAUACAUCAACGGCAUCAGCAACCAGGGUGGAAAGCUCUUCGUCUCGUGGACGGUGAGGGAGACACCUACUCCCUCGACUAACCACGACUUCUACUUCGCCUUGUCGGAGGAUGAUGGCAAGAGUUGGAAGCAGACCAAUGGUCAAACUGUAGCAAAGCCGAUAACGCCAUCUACACCAGGGAUCAAGGUGUACACAAUCCCACAAAACAGCCAGAUCAUCAACCAAGAAGCCCAGUGCGCUGACCAGACAGGCCGAUUCCAUGCCCUCAUGCGCGACAAUUCGACAGGGACGGCGCAAUUCUACCAUUAUCUCCGAACUCCAGAAGGCAAAUUUUCCAAGACCGCCAUCAAGACGCCUGGUCUGUCAACGCCCCCAUAUCUUGCCUAUCGAGGUAAAAUCGCCGCCGUAGGCGACAACGUCUUCGCGAUCCUACCAGAUCAACCGAAGAUGACUGUGCAAAUUUGGGCCGCGACAGCCGCCGGAGCAUACAAUGACUGGAAGAAGUUGGCCGAGGUACCCAACGCUGCUGGUGAGCCACUGGUGGACGAAGAGAGGCUUGACAAAUUCAACGUCUUGAGUCUUUUCAUUAGGCAAGGUGGGCCUUUCGGCACACGAAAAGUACAAGUGUGGGAUUUUGCGCUCGCGCUUUGA